CCUGCGAUUUCGGCCUCGGAUUAAACUCGAUCCCCUACUCGGCGUGCUGUCCUCGCACCUCCUCCUUACCUGGGGAUUUUUGGUGGGUUUCGCUGCGUAUUUUGGGGCGGAUAAACUUCGGUUUCUCGUUCCGUGAAAUCCUGGCCCUCUGAUAGUUGCUCGUUUCUUGCGGAUUUCGCCGAUUGCUUUUGGUGACUGUGAUUCCGCCGCACUCCGCUCGGCGGGCUGCUCCUGCCGAAUUCCCCUUCUAUUCGGGGGAAUUCCUCGCGAAUCGCGGUUCGAGAUCUACUAUGUAAUGUAUCACCUCGUGCUUGCGCCCCUGAUGUUUCCAAUUUCCAGAUUGGGGAGUCCACGGACGCGGCCACGGCGGCGCCAUGAUGUCCUCGGACGACGACGACGGGGAGCCACGGCUGAGGGCGGUGCAGAGCUACUACUUCGUCGACGAUGACGACGCGCCCGUCUCCUUCGACGUGCUGCCGUUCCAGUUCGACGCCGCUGAGGAGGUCCCCUCCUUCAAGAAGGACGUGUACCUGCGCGGCCUGGCCGACGGCGGCCUCCAGAAUGUCUACAAGCAGGUGGUGGCGUGGAAGCUCGGCCUCGACGGCGACUCGCCCGUGAUCACUGUGCUCUGCACGGAGGGCAGCUGGAUUGCGCUGCUGAAGCCGAGGCCGAGCUACGAGGAGACUGUCCGCUCCGUGCUGAUCACUGUGGAGAUGCUUCACUUUGUUCGGAGGAGCCCCACGGUCUCUGAGGAGAAUAUGUGGGGUCACCUCCGCCGAGCUUUUGAUAAAUAUGAUGUUAAGCCCUCGGAGGAUGACGUUAGGAAUCAUGUAAGGCUAAUAAAACUGUUUUUUGAGAGAGACCCUGCUAUAGCGAAAUCACAGACUUUGCAACUAUUCAUUAAAGAGGAAUCUAUGGAAAAGAUCGACGAGGCUGGUUCAAAUGAUCUGGACAUUAAACAACCAUUCAUUGCUGAUGAUAAGGAAAGAGAGGAGGUGGUUGAAGAUGACAAUAAGCAAGAGUCUAGUAACGAUGAUGAUGAUGAAGAGGAUGAAGAUGAUGGAGACUUGUUUGAUUCAGUUUGUGCAAUCUGUGAUAAUGGAGGGGAGCUCUUAUGCUGUGAAGGUUCAUGCAUGAGAUCGUUUCAUGCAAAAUUAGGAGAUGGUGAAGAUUCUUACUGUGCAACAUUGGGGUACACAAAGGCAGAAGUUAAGGCUAUAAAAAAUUUCCUGUGCAAGAAUUGUGAGUAUAAGCAGCAUCAGUGUUUUGUUUGUGGAGAGUUGGAGGCUUCAGAUGGAACAAAUGCGAAGGUGUUUCUUUGCAACAACGCAACAUGUGGGCACUUUUACCACCCCAAGUGUGUUGCGCAACUACUUCAUCCUAACAACAGGAAUGAAGCCUUGGAAUUGGAGAAAAAUAUUGUGGCUGGGAUUUCAUUCACAUGCCCUGUGCAUUGGUGCUUUGAAUGUAAAGGCCUAGAGGACAGAACUCAAGAGCCGCUGCAAUUUGCUGUUUGCAGACGUUGCCCAAGAUCUUACCACAGAAAAUGUUUGCCAAGGGAAAUUUCAUUUGAAGACAUUGAUGCGGAGGGCAUCAUAACACGAGCUUGGGAACUUUCAAAGAGAAUUCUGAUCUACUGCCUGAACCAUGAUAUGGACAUUGAUAUUGGAACACCAUCCAGAGAUCAUCUAAAAUUUCCUUGUAUUUCAAAGCCAGUGAAUUCGGUCAAGAAGAAAGUUAAGGAACUAGCCGAGAAGAAAAGGAGGGUUUCCAAUGACUUGUAUGUUAAUGACCCUAUGCAGAAAUCUUCUAGAAGGGUUGGUAUGAAGGGUUCAUUUGAACGACCUGGUUUUAAAUCUGAGAAGAAAAAAGCUAAAAAACUCAAAGGAAUGAUAAAUCCUGAAGAACCUGCAGUCAAGCGUGCUGCUCAUGUAAGUAGUCUAAAACAACAUGUGAAGGGAGAGGAGCAAGAGUUGGAGAGUUUGUCUUCACUGGCAACAGAGAAAACACCCCAGAGCUCAUUUCCUGUUAUUGAUGCUGAUACUGAGAAGAGGGUGCUAGCUUUGGUAGAAAAGGAGGUUUGUUCCUUGACAUUGGAUGAUAUCUCUCGACAGUGUGCCAUUCCUUCAACUUAUACAUCCUCCAGCCGGCAGAUUGACAAAAUCAUUGCAUGGGGCAAGCUUGAGCGUUCUAUUCAGGCGGUACAAGAUGCUUUGCAGAAACUGGAACAUGGGGGUACCAUUGAUGAUGCUAAAGCAGUAUGUGAAGCUGAAGUCUUGAGGCAGUUAACAAGGUGGAAUAAUAAGCUCAGAGUGUACCUUGCACCAUUCAUUCAUGGCAUGCGCUACACUUCAUUUGGUCGGCAUUUCACAAAGAAGGAGAAGCUCAAUGAGGUUGUUGAUAAACUUCAGUGGUAUGUUCAACCUGGCGACACGAUUGUGGAUUUCUCUUGUGGUCUCAAUGACUUCAGUCAGUUUAUGAAAGAAAAGCUUGAUAAAGUUGGCAAAAAAUGCAACUUCAAGAAUUAUGAUAUUAUUCGACCAAAGAAUUCUUUCUGUUUCGAAAAGAGGGAUUGGAUGACUGUGCGUCCAAAGGAACUGCCACAUGGAUCUAAACUAAUCAUCGGCCUUAAUCCUCCUUUCGGAUUAAAAGCAAUCCUUGCAAACAAAUUCAUUAACAAGGCACUGACUUUCAAGCCAAAGCUCAUUAUACUAAUUGUUCCUAAGGAAACUGAAAGGUUGGAUCAAAAGCGGCAGCCUUAUGAUUUGGUGUGGGAGGAUGCUGGAAGUCUUUCUGGGAAGUCAUUCUAUUUACCCGGUUCGUUGGAUGUGACUGACAAACAAAUGGACCAAUGGAAUGUAUCCCCACCCCCACUCUAUUUGUGGAGCCGUCCCGAUUGGACACAGAAGCACAGGAGAAUAGCUGAGGAGCAUGGUCACUCCACAUUGAAGAAUGGCAGAUAUGGGACUAGGAGUGAAACCUACAUUGGUGAGGACACAAACUUCGUUGUUGAGAGACAAGAACAAGUAAAUGGACUCCCUCCAGAAAAGCAUGUAGAAGUUGCACGUGAGGAAAAAAAGUUUGCUUCGAGAAAAAAUGAUGCAUGUCAAGCAAAUCAAAAUGGUGUUCAUCAUGAAGGGAGAGAUGCUCAUUCUGGCUACAAAGUCCAUUACAGUGAUAGAAGAGAAGAAAUAGCCUCACAUACCUCCAGAAGGAUAACGGAAUCGGAGAGAACAGAAGAUGCUAUGAAACCAGAUUCAAACAUGAGUAUCUCACCCUCUGACUCUAGGAAUUCUCAGUACAAAUCAAGGAGUGAUUCUCCAAUUUGUAGUGAAUAUCCCUCUCAGGGAAUGGCACAUCAGGACAAUUAUUUCAGUAAUCCUGCCCAGGAGCCCAGCACAUCUCCCCUUGAGAGGGUACCCUAUGAGGACUACAUUAGAGAUGUUGCUGAAUAUGGAGUUGCAUCUGUAGAAAAGCACCUUGCCAUUUCUGCUGAUAAUAUUGGUGCUGGCUUGAGGACGCGCAGUCCUUAUCUCAAAGAACUGAAUGGGGUUUAUGAUGGUGGUGGUCCAAAUAGUUAUUUAUGUCCAGCAUCUGGUGGAACUGGUGGCAGCUUUUACAGGAACCAGAACUUAGAAAACUGUCCAAUGGAUUACAGCAUGGAGAAUACUGGCUUUGCUCAAAGGAAUGCUGUUGCUGGUGUAGGUAUGGAGGAUGCAAGAAUGUACGAUGGACGUAUCAGGGACAAUCAUACCCUAUCAGAGGUAACUGCCACUGAUAUUCGAGCACAGAUAAGAAUGUACGGUGGACACACAGGGAAUGAUCACCCCCAGGCACCCAUGAACCCUCCUGCCACUGAUAUUCGAGCACAAAUAAGAAUGUACGGACGACAGAAUACACAGACAAGUGGAUACCCUGGAUCUGCAGACACACAGUCAACUUUAACUUCCUCGCAUGGAGUUUUGUCUUUGGGUUCAACAGGGAGGUCCAUGAUGGACAUGUAUACCCCCCGCCUUCAUCAUGAAACAAACUAUACAACAGGUCUGUACAGUGUUCCUGUCAAUAGAAGCGAUAUGACACCAGAUUCUAUCAACCUCACCUCUCGGCAGCAGUAUCCAUACCCACAUCCCGGAUCUUUCAGUGACUGGCAUGGCUAGCGACUGAACUUUUGAAAUUUCCGUUGGAUGCUCUAACCAGCAUUUGUGGUUUGUAUGUAAUAUAGCGUGAAGAUGAAAGAGAACCCCUAGGAUGUUAAAAUUAAAAGGUUACUAUGUAUAUAAAUGGUGAAGUUGGUUAGUGGUUCCAUUUUGCGCUUCGUUAUAAUCUUUAGCUU